AUGGAUAAAUUAGUUUUGAAAAAUUUUUUAAACGUCGUCGUUAAUUUCAUUGGCAGAGACGGGCGAACUAAAUUGGUGCAACUGGCCGAAGACGACGACGAUAACAACAAUAAUGUUGCUCUCGUCUGCUCGAGCUUCAAACUUUUCAACCAACUUCUAAUUCACAAUGAUAACAAAUUAGUGAAAUUUAUUUUGUCGGCCAUUCUACGUCAUUUAAGUCAUCAUCACGAUGGGGGUGUCAUGAACGCUUUUUUAGACACAAAACUCAAAAAAUUAGGAAUAGAUGAAAGUGAUUCUGAAAUGUUCAAGAUAAAACUGUUGGAAGGUUUCUUAAAAUCGAUCAAAGGCCAACUAGAGUUUGAAAAUUCAUACAGAAUUAUCGUUCUACCUGAUAAAAAACCAAACUUAGAAGUCGAUAUCAUAAACGGGUGCCUGUUAGAACCAUAUGAAGAGCCUUUUAAGCACCAAAUAAGGUACCUUCAAAAUAGAAAGUUAAAUAUACUUCUAUUUUCAUGUUUCUUAGAUGAAAAUUUAAACAAUUCAGAUAUAGAUUGCGAUAUAAAUCUCAAAACAUCAAACAAUAUCUCGCUAAAUAAAACUCAAACUUCACUAAUCAUCGAUUCUUUCAAAAAGAUUAUGGCAAACCUAAAAAACAUAGACAUAAUAGCAUGCCAAAAGGUGGCCUCCCCAGAUAUAAAAUUAUUUCUAAAAUCAUUAAAUGUACUAUUAAUAGACAGAUUAGGGAAAGAACAAAUAAAUUUUUUAGUCAGAGUGACACACGCAAAAUUAAUAAAAAGCCCCAUAGAAUCAAUAACUAAUGAUCAUUUAGGUAAAAUCGGAGAACUUAAAGUAUGGAAAGCCACAGAAGAUGAUGAAAAAGAAUAUUUAGAGUUCAUCUCAGAUUUUGACGACUUCGUAAGUAUCGUCAUAUUCAAUCCUUAUAGAGAAACCUUUGAAGAAGUUAAAUAUCUAUCCGAAUGCUCUUUUAAAAUUCUAAAAAAUUUGUAUAACCUCCACACCGACAGUCCCAACAAAAACUGUCAAUUAAAUAAGAACGAUGUCUACUUACUCUCUGGAACAGAUUGGGUGUUAGAAUUGGUGAAACAUUUAACUAAUCUGGAUGACGAAUUCUUUGGAAAACUUAUCCAAGCAAGAAGAGCAGUGGACAGCGUCAAAGAUUCAUUGAAACUUCUGCUGAAUAAUAAUAACAAUAAUAAUAAUAUGGAUAAUAAUCAUAAUAAAAUUAAAUUAUACUUCCUGUCACAUGAAAACGCCAUAAAUACAAUUCGGAUUUCGUUCUUCAUAUCGAGAACCAUCUUGAGAGCGUCGAACUUCUUUCAAGAGACCGAUGAAUAA